UUUGAUCGAUCGACGUUGUCAUGGCAUCAGUUUUAAAUCGCAAGAGGAAUUUAAAAGAUGGAGGUUGAACCCAAAUACACAUUUUUCCUCGCACCCGAGAAGAAUUAUCCAGGAUUAAAUGAUAAAAGUAUUGCACAAUUAAUUCAGAAAUGGGGACUGAAUUUGAUGAUUCAAAAUUUCGUGUUCAAUGAACCUUUUCAUCAGUACCACAAGUAUUUGCUGGCAGAGGCAUUUUUCAAAAAUAAUGAAGUAUCAAAAUAUUUGAAAAUAUGGGAUGGAAAGUAUUCAUUCUCAGAGCAGGGAAUCGUUGCUAAUGAAGUAGAAAUCAAUCAGAUCCCCUGCACAGUUCUAUCAAUGGAGUUUUUUGAAAGAUUAAAAAAUCCCGAGAACAAUAUUGUUUACAACUCCGGAAGUAUUCGACAAAAAUGUGAGGAGCAAAUCGAUGGGAUUUUCGUGUCUGACAAUCUUAGAAAAAUGCUGUUGGAUGAGGAAUCCAAUGAGUUCCGUUUAUUCUCGAAAACGGAAAGAACAGAAUUCAUUUUUAAAAUUUUUCAAAUGCUGAUCCUUGGAGGGGAGUAUUGCCAAUACGAGGAGCAAUUGGAACCUUAUCUGGAGUGUACGAAGAAGAUUUAUAAGGAUCUCGUGAGAGUCCAUAAAUUGGAAGACACAAAUACUCCAACGAUUUCUACAAUGAUACUCGAAGUAAUCGCAAAGAGAGACGAGCCAUAUUUCCCAAAAGCUCCCACUCACAAACAGAACAUUGGAUUUCUAUUGAUCGAUCGUAACACCCGUGAAAUAACGACACUCCUUCAUCAAUUUGGUACAUAAAUUAUGAAAUUUCCACUCAUUAAGCUAAUAGAUAUAGGAUCAAAAAAAUAAUUAAAACAAAAAUUUAAAAUAAUUUCCAAUUUAUUAAUAAUAUUCAAAAUGAUUCAUUCACAAUGAAAUUGUCGUUACAACAAUUACCUUUGGUUUUGUUCUUUGUCAUUGAUCUUAAAUUAAUAUCAUCGUCCACUUUAGUAUUACGUCAAUAUCGCAGAAUUGAUGUAUGAUUAAAAAAAACAUUUGAAAGAAAAAUACGAUUUAAACUCGAAAAGUUCAGCCUAAUAUAAUCAACUUAAAUGAAUCGAAUGAAUUAAGUGAAGAAUGAAUAUUACAAAAUCAGUUAUCUUCAAGUAUUUCUCUGGUUUGCUUCAAUUGGUUUUGGUUUCCAAUUCUUAAUCCUGCUAAAUCGCUUUGCAAAACUUCUUCAAUAUCGAGAAAAUAAAUCACAGACUCGUAUUUUUUCCCCCUGAAUUAAUCAGGAACGGUAAAAAAAAUGUAUCGCAAUUAUAAAAGAAUGGAAUUGGCACGUAAAACCCCCUUUCAAUAUUAAUUAAUACAUUACUUAAUCACAGCACAUUUGAAUAAUUACUCAAUAGUGAAGUGGUGAAGAACAAAAGAUUUUAGUUUAUAGAAUUUUAUGGCUUUCGGCUUAUUCUGCAAAUAUCUUUGAAAGGAAAGAAAAAGAGGUGUCAAGAUAUAGUGGUCCAUUACAUUUCACCAGAAUUCUGGCUCCGGACAAAUCGGCUAUAUACAUUGUCAGAGUCACUCCUCAUGACGAUCAAUUUUCAUUGCUGCUGUUUUUUAACGUAAUUCGAUAUAUUAGGCCCUUUUGUGGAGAAUUUUCUGGUGGAAAGAAAAAAUCCAUGAAAAAUUUUCUGUGCGGAGGGAAUUGCCUUCAGAAAUAUUUGCAAAAUCAACUCUAAUUUUGGACCACUCGAAUUUAACCACUUCGUCAAUGAAUUCAUUCAAAUAAUUGAUACGC